AUGACCCGCACGGAGCCGGACGGGAAGGAAUUGGGCGGCCGCGUGGCGGCCAUCCUGGCGCGCUGCCGGCAGCUGCACGUGGAGCCGGCCCAACUGCGCAGCCUGUCCGGCUACGACCGGCUGCAGCAGGCAGCGAGCGGCAAGCAGCCCCGCUGGCAGCCCUGGCUGCUACCCGGCCUACUAGCCAUCCUACUGGCCGUCUUCGUCCACCAGGAGCUGUACACAGUGCAAGGCCUGUCGCGGCUCAUCUUGUGGGUGGAGGGUCUCAACGUGGAGAAUGAGCCGUGCAUGAUCGAGAUGCAUCCGAUAAUGGCCGACCUGACGGCGGCGCCAAACAACUGCAGCAGGUGCUCAGAUGUGCUGGACGUGGACCGGGUCUCCAACAUCACUCCGCAAGAGUUCGAGCUCAAGUACGCGUACUCGGGCCGACCCGUCAUCAUCACGGACGGCACCGCCAACUGGACGGCCCCCGCCGUCUUCAACUUCCAGUUCUUCAAGGAGCUGUAUGCGGAAAGCUCGGGGAGACUCGCGGCGGACAGCACGGAGGCGGGCUGCCAGUUCUUCCCAUACAAGACUAACUUCGACGGCCUGAGUGACGUGUUCUCCAUGUCGGCGGCCCGGGCCAACAUGCAGAAGGGCGAGGAGCCGUGGUACAUCGGCUGGUCUAGCUGCGACUCGGCGGCGGGGAACGAACUGCGCCGCCACUACACCCGGCCUUACUUCCUGCCGGAGACGGCCGAGUCGACCCGACUCGACUGGAUCUUCAUGGGCACGCCCGGAUUCGGCGCACAUUUGCAUAUUGACCACGUGAAGCACCCGUCGUGGCAGGCGCAGCUGCAUGGCCGCAAGAUGUGGACGCUGGAGCCCCCACGCGAGUGUCUGUCUGUCUGCCGCAGCAUGGACGUCACCGUCAACCAGGGGGAGAUCAUUGUGCUGGACACCAACAUGUGGUACCACAUGACGCAGAUCGUGUCGGACGAGAUCAGCAUCACCAUCGGGUCCGAAUACGACUGAGCCCCGCGCCGCUGUCAUCUGCAUGGACGUGCGCACGCCCGCGCGAUGCAUUCUAGUCGCCCGGCACGCGCACUUAUUCCGGUGGAUCUAAAAACGCCAAUGGUGGAGAAAAUCUGCUGCAAAGCUACAAAAUGAGAGACGUUUUCUCGCUGGGCUGCUGGGUCCGCGAAACACCAAAGGCAACCAUCAUACACCGCCACGGGUACGCGACGUGUGGUAGCCAAGACCUUAUAAUAACAGCACAACAGCCCAGUGGCAGCGAAGUCGUAAGAGCUCUUGAACUCAACUCGAGGAUCAGAAGGCAACGAUGCUGAACGAGGUGGUCGAAUCGCACAUAGUCAAAAAUCAAGUACUUUCAAGUGAGCGGCUCUGGUUAGAUUACCACCACCGGACCCCCUCAAAUUAAUUGCUCGGAGUUUGAAAUACAAUGCGUUUUUUCCUACCUUGGUCAGCAAUAGUUAGGAUCUGCGAAGAGAGUAAAGAUAAAAAAGCACGUCGUGACUCCUACAUGACUCAUCAAGAGCAAACCUGCACAAAAUAUAAAAACCUGCACAAAAUAUUUAUUGUUCUCGUCAAUUUUGUGUUCGCAGUAGUUCUUCCCUGUAAGCACAGCAAGAAAAAUUCUCCAAUUUGGCAUUUUUGCAGCACAUUUUUGCCAAUAUUGGCGUAUUGUAUCUGCCGGAAUAAACAUGCGCCCCGCGGCCGACAUCGCGGCUCCGCGCGGACCUCGAGAUACUCUCCUGAGCCAGAUCGGCGAUCGGGAGAUGUCACCCUGACCCCGGAGCCGACCCGGCUCGAGAGGUCUCACCCUUGGCCCGUGCAUGUGUGGUGACGAGGUGGGCCGUCGCCACCUCCGUGUGGACUAGCGGUCGAGUCGCCGACCGCCAUUUAGCAACGAGGCGUACACGAAACAGCUUAAGCAGUUGUGACCAAUGUCGGCAGCACACUGUGUCGUGCCAUAUGUCGCUGUUGUGAGGCUUUACCUGUGAACUGCGAUGCGUUGUGUUGGCCGUAUCCGUUUGUGGUACGGGUCCCAUUCAAGCCGUGGGGGUUUCCGACCGGAGACCGUGGUGUUGCUUUACGUAAGUUGACAGACUUGUGACGUGCGCAGCGGUGACCUUAGGUCUACAUCAGCGACUUAGAAGAAUCGCAAGUGAGCCAAGAAUAGCUCCCGCCGAGCGGGGGCGAUUUCGCCUGGCGGCCUGGGAGCUCGGGUGGAGUUGGGGUUAGGGGUGUUCAUGUCCUUCCUAGGUGCCCCUUGCCAUUUAUUCCCCACUUGAGCUGGAGCCGUGAAACAGGAACCAGUGGGCGGCCUGGCGUGCAGGGAAUCCUCUGAUGUUAGGGGGCUCAGCAUCUAACGCCCUCGCCCGGCGAAGGGUAAGAAGUGCCAUUCGUACGUGGGUUUAACGCCUGCAUUGUGAGCCUGAGGCUUGCCCGUUGUUAGACCCCAAUGGUGGUUUGAUUA